GUUAGAAAACAAUAGGUGCUAUUAAACUAUUAAAUGUUGACGAUUGAAAGAAAUAUGGAUAAAUCUCAGAUUGAUGAAAAUAAUUUCUUCUCUAGAAUCCAGUACGCAUUUCCUAUUUUAUAUGAUGAGGUGUAUAUUAGACAAAAUGUAGCACCUACAUUUUGGGAACAAUUUACAAAUGAUUUGAACGAACAGCAAGGUUUUAAUCAUUUUAAAACUGCAGUAGAUGGAUUAUAUACAAGUUUAACAGAAUUUUUACCAUUAUUGAAAAGGUUAGAAUACCUAACACAAGAAGAAACGACUCAAUCAACAAAUGUAAAUAAUGUACUAAGUCAAUUUAAAUUAAUUGUACGAUCUACAUUAUUGAGUCAGUUACCACUUCAUUAUGAACAUAUUGUUGAACAAUUUUAUAAAAUUGCAUUUAAUGUAUUUUGUAGUGCAGAUAAUUCUGCACAAGUAACUACUGGAAGUGAUUCUGUUCAAUGUAUGGGUUGUCAUCAAGAAGUAGAAAAAUGUCAAUGUCAAAUGAUUGUAUUUAUGUUCCAUGAAACAAAUAGAAAAUUAAUUGAAUUAGAACUAUUAGAAAGAUUAGUUGGUAAUGUUCUUACAUCUUUGAUACACAUACGUAUUAAAAAUCACGUUAGCCAGUCAUGCGAUAAAAUAUUUGACGUAUCACAGUUAAAAUCAUUAGAAAAUUGGCUUGAAACAGUUGUUAUGAGUUGGUUAAUAAGGAUAUAUUCUGGUGGAUUUUCGAAGAUUGUAUCCUUAACGGAUCAAACUCGUAAUGCUAUAGACAAGUUCAAGCAAAAACUAUCUCAUUUUUUAUAUGAGACAUAUACAAAGUUUAGAAUUGAACAACUCUUUGACAUUAUAAUAGAAUACCCAGAUUCUCAACCCGCCAUAGAUGAUUUGCGCAUUUGUUUAGAACGAACGGAUUUGCGUAAAGUGUUAAUAGAAAGUCUACAAGAAGCAUUAAAAACAAGAUUAUUGCAUCCAGGUGUAAAUACACCAGAUAUAAUAACAGCUUACAUUGCAGCUAUAAGGGCAUUAAGACAAUUAGAUCCUACAGGUGUCCUCCUUGAGACAAUAACAGAACCUAUUAAAGUUUACUUAAGAACAAGAGAAGAUACUGUGCGUUGUGUGGUGAGUGAUUUGCUUGAUGACUCACCAAGUGACCUAGCAGAUGAAUUAGUCAAGGGUGAAUCUUUACAAUUAGAUGAUGGUUCUGGUGACGAAGAAAAUGAAGAUUGGGAUAAAUGGAUGCCAGAUCCUGUCGAUGCUGAUCCUGCAAAAUCAGCACAACGCAGAAUGUCAGAUAUAAUAUCAAUGUUAGUAAACGUAUAUGGAAGUCAAGAUCUAUUUGUAAAUGAAUAUCGCACAUUAUUAGCAGACAGACUAUUGUCUCAACUAAAUUACCAUACUGAACGAGAAAUCCGCCAUUUAGAAUUAUUAAAAAGGCGUUUUGGAGAAAAUCAACUUCAUUACUGUGAAGUUAUGUUAAAAGACGUUUAUGAUUCUAAAAGAAUAGAUGGACAUAUACAAUCUGAUGCCAGUUAUACCUUAGAAAAAGAACAUUUUCCUACGUCUGCGUUAAUAUUAUCAGCACAAUUUUGGCCACCAUUUAAAGAAAACUGGAAAUUGGAGUUACCUAGAAUUGUGCAAAAUCAGUUAAAUAAAUAUGUAAAAGCAUUUGAAACUUUAAAAGGAAAUAGAACACUUUGUUGGAAACCUCAUCUUGGAAAUGUUACUUUAGAGAUUGAAUUAAAAGAUAGAAAAUUAGAUAUAAAUGUAACACCAAUUCAUGCUACAAUAAUCUUACAUUUUCAAGACAAAAAAGAAUGGGCUCUAGAAGAACUUGCAGAAGUAAUGCAUGCUCCUGCAACUGUAUUAAGAAGAAAAAUAACUUUUUGGGUUUCGCAAGGUCUCUUGAAAGAAAUUUCUAAUGAUGUCUUUAUCUUGCAAGAAGAAAGUUCGACAAAAAAUAGAUCUUUAUCAGAUAUUGUUUUGGAAGAAGAAGUAGAAAGUGCAAUGGCGUCCGCAAGUGAUCAAAGAGAAGAAGAACUUCAAGUAUUUUGGUCUUAUAUUGUUGGGAUGUUAACCAAUUUAGAUUCUAUGCCUUUAGAAAGAAUUCAUCAAAUGUUAAAAAUGUUUGCGUCUCAAGGUCCAGGAGCAAUGGAAUGUGGUUUACCUGAAUUGAGACAAUUUCUUGAUAGAAAAGUUAGAGAACAUCAACUAUUAUUUUCAGGUGGCUUAUAUCGUUUACCAAAAUCAUAAAAUUAUAAUUAUGUAUUAUGUAUUAUGUAAUAUAUGAUAAACACAUCAAUAUUUAAGAAACUCAUUUCAUAUAAUAAAACCAAGACUUACAUUAUGUAUAUAUGUAUUAUACUAUAUCAUAUUAUACUCAAAGUUUAAAUAUACUGAAUUUAACUUUUUAACAACAUUUAAUUUUAAUUAUGUAUGAAAAAAAUGUAAAUUACAUUAUAAUUAUAUAACAGAUAUAGCUGCAACAAAAUAUUUUCGUAGUGCAUUUAUAAAUAAAAUGCUCAAUAUGAUAAAUUUAAUACUAAU